AAAAAUCGUGUGUGAAAUUAUAAAUUUUGUUGUGUGUGUGUGUUUAGAUAUCGAUAUCAUAUGCAGUCAUUAUUUUUCAAAGUUCUGUUUUUUAAUCGAUGGAAGUAUACACAUAACUGUAGGAAGCUUAUGUUGCUCUCCAGAAGCCUGAAGAAAGUCGAACGAGAAGGCCAUAAUUUUAAAGAUAUAUCCAUCCACGAGCUUUGCAAUCCGGUACUCUUGACUAUUGGUGAAAUCCAUAAUCAAGAGGACUUGGUGUCACAAAGGAUAAGCUUUUAUCGAUGAUUACCAAAUGAAGAAAAGCAAGUCAUAAUUGCUCUUUGGAUACCAUAAUGAGCUUUAGCAGUGACGAAGUUAAUUUCCUUGUAUAUAGGUACCUACAAGAAUCAGGUUUCAUUCAUUCGGCAUAUACUUUUGGAAUUGAAAGUCAUAUCAGCCAAUCAAAUAUCAAUGGAGCUUUGGUUCCUCCUGGGGCUUUACUAAAUAUUAUUCAGAAAGGUCUACAAUACACAGAAGCUGAAAUAAGUAUUGGAGAGGAUGGCUCAGAAAGAGGAAUUGAAUCACUACCACUCAUUGAUGCAGUUAUGCCAGAUGUUGUAGAGUCAAGGAAACAAGCUGCUGCAAAAGCUCACCAAAUAAAGACAGAGAAUGCCAACACUAAUGGAGAAGAUGCUUCUCAUUCGCUAGUGAACCAUACUGAUACUAUGGACAUUGAUGGCACCCUGGAAAUUCCCAGCAGUAAAGCUACUGUAUUAAGGGGACAUGAAUCAGAGGUGUUCAUAUGUGCAUGGAACCCUACAAAUGACCUGUUAGCCUCUGGUUCAGGAGAUUCAACUGCUCGGAUAUGGAAUAUGAAUGAUAACAGCAAUAAUGCUAACCAGUUGGUUCUUCGUCAUUGUAUACAGAAAGGGGGAACAGAAGUUCCUAGUAAUAAAGAUGUUACUUCUCUUGACUGGAAUUGUGAUGGUACGCUCUUAGCGACAGGAUCCUAUGAUGGCUUUGCUAGAAUAUGGAGUACUGAUGGCCAACUGGUAAAUACACUUGGUCAACAUAAAGGACCCAUAUUUGCUCUGAAAUGGAAUAAACGAGGAAAUUAUAUUCUUAGUGCUGGUGUGGAUAAGACAACAAUUAUAUGGGAUGCCAGUUCAGGACACUGUACACAACAAUUUGCAUUUCACUCUGCUCCUGCGCUGGACGUUGACUGGCAGAGUAACACAAGUUUUGCUUCCUGUUCAACUGAUCAGUGUAUACAUGUUUGUAAAUUAGGUGUGGAAAAACCAAUAAAAACAUUCCAAGGCCAUACAAAUGAAGUAAAUGCAAUCAAAUGGGACCCACAAGGUUUACUCCUGGCAUCUUGUUCAGAUGAUAUGACAUUAAAAAUAUGGAGUAUGCGACAAGAUCAGUGUGUCCAUGAUUUACAAGCACAUGAUAAAGAAAUUUAUACGAUCAAGUGGAGUCCUACAGGUCAAGGCACUAACAACCCUAAUGCCCCAUUAAUAUUGGCAAGUGCAAGUUUUGACUCAACAGUUCGGUUAUGGGAUGUUGAGCAAGGUUCUUGUAUCCACACACUAACGAAGCAUCAAGAGCCUGUCUAUAGUGUAGCUUUUAGUCCAGAUGGAAAAUAUUUAGCAAGCGGAUCCUUUGAUAAAUGUGUUCAUAUCUGGAAUGUACAGAGUGGAUUAUUGGUACACAGUUACCGAGGAACUGGUGGAAUAUUUGAAGUUUGUUGGAAUUACCGUGGUGAUAAAGUUGGAGCCAGCGCCUCGGAUGGUUCAGUUUUCGUCUUGGAUUUACGGAAGUGAUCUCAAGUUGCUACUGCAUUUAAUGUUACCUGCUACAAAUGAUUGUGUACCCCAGGAUGAAAGAUGGCGACAAGCAUUACGUCAGCAACAGUAGUUGGCUCACCAGCUGACUGAGGGUAACACUACCAGCUGGCAGGUGUUUACUUUCAGAUCCAAGGCACUUGGACUCAGUGAUGCUGCAUACAAACUAAAAUUACAUUCAUACGAAUACACACACACACACACACACAUUUGCACGCAUACAUGUCACAUCAAGGCGGCAGCAGCAUGCCCCCUCAGAUCUGUCCAACAGGAAGUAUCUGUCCUGUCUUGUUUUAUUUGUAAGUCAAUUCAGCUAUCUGACAAUGGCUUAGCAAUGAUAUUAAAAACAAAAUAUAAAAAGUUCCCUUCCCUAGCUUUGUCAUUAUGAGAAGUGAGCAAGAUUCCUGUAAUUAUUGGUUCUAAAUAAGUUUGAUCUCCUUAUUAGUUUUAUGCCUCUAAUAGCUUAUGUUGUGACAGUAAUAAUCAUUCCUUUUCCUAGCUUUAGUAGUUUUUUUUUCUGUUUUAUAACUGUGUAUAAAGCUGCUGAUUCUUUCACCGAAAUAUGUUGCCUUCUCUUUUUGCUCAAGGUGCAUCUCUGUCUAUCUUAAUCUGCAUUAUCUUUUUUGCAAAUGAAAUCAUGAAAGUAGAGCGAAUAUUUUUUACCUCUGUUCAUUUUUCUGGUCCUCCAGUGGAAUAAUUUCUGUUAUAAAUUUUUAAAAAGUUUGUGUCAUUUUUUCAGUUUUAUAUAUUUUAAACUUUUCUCUGCAUUUAGUCUCAUUUAGUCACUUUUGUUUAAGUUAAUCCUCAUAAAAUUUGAUUGCUUCACCAGUCUCAUUCUUUGGAAAAAAAAAAAUAUUUGUGCAUAGUUUAAAAUGUGUGAAUUGAUAGUGUGUGUGAUUUUUAUGUAAUAUUUUUGAGAUAGAUUGAAUUACUUUUUUUGUAUUUUCAUAUCUGGGUAUAUUACAGAUUGUAUUAUAUUUGGAUACAGGCAUUAAUGGUUAUUACAUAUUUUGUUGAUUCUUG